UGUGGAGGGAGGACCCGCCAAUGAGGGCAGGGCCUGUCACGUGGGCCUGACAGCUGGGGAGGGGGUGGCCCGUGACAAUGUGGUCCCGAGGCGGUCAGGGCCCGGAGCUGCGACGCUGAGACCCCCGCCUGCCCCAGCCCAGCCCUCGCCCUCGGGCCGCGCGGCCCCGGCCCCAGCAUGUUCUCCAGGAAGAAGCGAGAACUCAUGAAAACCCCUUCUAUCUCCAAAAAGAACCGCGCGGGAAGCCCCAUCCCGCCGCCCGCGGGGGAGCUGCCCAAGAAAGAUGGGGCUGACACCGUGUCCCUCGGACCCGGCGUGGACUUACUGGGCCCCGGCUGCAAUGUCAAGGCCACCGGCACGCUCAAGAGGCCCACCAGCCUGAGCCGCCACGCCAGCGCCGCCGGCUUCCCGCUGUCCGGCGCCGGCUCCCGGACACUCGGCCGGGCCCACCGCAGCCCGCUGACGGCCGCCAGCCCCGCUGAGGCGCCCUUUGAGGGACCCUGCCCCGACACCACGGAGGACAUCUCCCAGCUGCUGGCCGACGUGGCCCGCUUCGCGGAGGGCCUGGAAAAGCUCAGGGAGUGUGUUCUGUGUGAUGACCUCCUCGAGGCCCGCCGGCCGCUGGCCCACGAGCGCCUGGGUGAGGCCCUGCGUGUGAUGCACCAGGUCAUCUCCAAGUACCCACUGCUGAACACUUUGGAGACACUCACGGCUGCCGGCACCCUCAUUGCCAAGAUCAAAGCCUUCCGUUAUGAGUGUAACAAUGACUCAGACAAGCAGGAGUUUGAGAAGGCCCUGGAGACCAUCGCCGUCUCCUUCAGCAGCACCGUGUCCGAGUUCCUCAUGGGCGAAGUGGACAGCAGCACCCUCCUGUCGGUGCCCCCCGGGGACCCGAGCCAGUCCAUGGAGAGCCUGUACGGCCCCGGCAGUGACGGCGCCACCGCCAGCACCGAGGAUGGGGACGAGGGCGGCCUGCACCCCGAGGCGGUGGACGUGCUGCUGCAGCGCUGUGAGGGCGGCGUGGACGCGGCGCUGCACUAUGCCAAGAACAUGGCCAAGUACAUGAAGGACCUCAUCGGCUACCUGGAGAAGCGCAGCACGCUGGAGAUGGACUUUGCCAAAGGCCUGCAGAAGAUCGUGCACAACUGCAGACAGAGCCUCCUGCAGGAGCCCCCCAUGCCUCUCCAGUCCAUCUACUCGCUGGCCCUGGAGCAGGACGCGGACUUCGGCCACGGCCUGGUGCAGGCGGCGAACACGCUGCAGACACAGACCUUCAUGCAGCCUCUGAACCUGCGGCGGCUGGAGCAUGAGAAGCGGAGGAAGGAGAUCAAGGAGUCGUGGCAUCGCGCCCAGAGGAAGCUGCAUGAGGCGGAAUACAACCUGCGCAAGGCCAAGCAAGGCUACACGCAGCGCUGCGACGACCACGACAAGGCGCGCGCGCUGGUGGCCAAGGCCGAGGAGGAGCAGGCCAGCGCCGGGCCCGGGGCGGGGGGCGCCGCCUCCAAGACCCUGGACAAGCGGCGGCGCCUGGAGGAGGAGGCCAAGAACAAGGCGGAGGAAGCCAUGGCCACGUACCGCACGUGCGUGGCGGACGCUAAGACGCAGAAGCAGGGGCUGGAGGACGCCAAGGUGACGGCGCUCCGGCAGAUCCAGGAGGUCAUCCGGCAGAGCGACCAGACCAUCAAGUCGGCCACCAUCUCCUACUACCAGACGAUGCACAUGCAGACCGCGCCGCUGCCCGUGCACUUCCAGAUGCUCUGCGAGAGCAGCAAGCUGUACGACCCGGGCCAGCAGUACGCGUCCUACGUGCGCCAGCUGCAGCGCGGCGAGGAGCCCGACGUGCACUAUGACUUCGAGCCCCACGUCUCCACCAGCUCCUGGUCCCCGGUCAUGCGCACCCGGAAGAGCAGCUUCAACGUUGGCGACGCGGCGGGGGCGGAGGCUGCGGGCAGCCCCCCGGAGGAAGGUGGGCCCAGUGACGAUGGGGCGCUGGCCAAGGAGCGCAGGGGUGGGCGCGGGCACCAGGUGCACAAGUCGUGGCCCAUCUCCAUCUCAGACGCAGACGGCAGCCUGGACCCCAGCUCCAGCCCAGGGGACUUUAAGAAGUUCCAGCGGAUGUCUUCCAGUGGCACCAUGUCGUCCAGUGAGGAGCUGGCGGACCAGGAGGGCAGUGCAGAGGGGUCCACCUUUGAACAAGCUGACCUCAACGGCAUGGCCCCUGAUCUGUCAGUGGCCAUUCCCAGCGGGCCCUUCCGCCACGUGGGGCUGUCCAAGGCAGCCCGGACCCACCGGCUGCGGAAGCUCCGCACGCCCGCCAAGUGCCGGGAGUGCAACAGCUACGUGUACUUCCAGGGCGCCGAGUGCGAGGAGUGCUGCCUCGCCUGCCACAAGAAGUGCCUGGAGACCCUGGCCAUCCAGUGCGGCCACAAGAAGCUGCAGGGCCGCCUGCAGCUCUUCGGCCAGGACUUCAGCCAGGCAGCCCGCAGCACCUCGGACGGUGUGCCCUUCAUCGUCAAGAAGUGCGUCUGCGAGAUCGAGCGGCGGGCGCUGCGCACCAAGGGCAUCUACCGGGUCAACGGGGUGAAGACGCGCGUGGAGAAGCUGUGCCAGGCGUUCGAGACUGGCAAGGAGCUGGUGGAAUUGUCACAGGCCCCGCCCCACGACAUCAGCAACGUUCUCAAACUCUACCUGCGCCAGCUGCCGGAGCCACUCAUCUCCUUCCGCUUCUACCACGAGCUCAUGGGGCUGGCCAAGGACAGUCUGAAGGCGGAGGCGGAGGCCAAGGCAGCAUCCCGGGGCCGGCCGGAUGUGGCCGAGAGUGAGGCUGCGGCCGUGGCCAUGGCGGGCCGGCUGCGGGAGCUGCUGCAGGACCUGCCGUCUGAGAACUGGGCGACGCUGCGGUACCUGCUAGGACACCUGCGCAGGAUCGUGGAGGUGGAGCAGGACAACAAGAUGACGCCAGGGAACCUGGGCAUCGUGUUCGGGCCCACGCUGCUGCGGCCACGGCCCACCGAGGCCACCGUGUCCCUCUCCUCCCUGGUCGACUACCCCCACCAGGCCCGCAUCAUCGAGACCCUCAUCACCCACUACAGCCUGGUCUUUGAGAAGGAGCCCGAGGAGGCGCUCGGGGGCCAGGAUGGGACGUCCCACCAGCGGGCGGAGGUGGUGGUCCAGGUGCCGUACCCGGAGGCAAGUGAGGGGGCCGCCUUCGCCCUGCAGGAGGAGGCUGAGGACGGCGGCCGAGACUUCCCAGAAUCCCACAUCGCCUCCAACGAUUCAGACUCAGAGCUGGAGGAGGUGACAGACCUGCUGUCCCCGGUGGGCGGGGCCGCCCUGCACCGCCUCAGCCUCCUGGAGAAGCAGGGCAGCGAGGCCAGCGUGGACGAGGGCCGGGACAGCUGCAGCGGCAGCGAGGAGCAGCUGGGGGCUGAGGCCGGGGCGGCCGGGGACGGGGACAGGUUCUGGGAGGGGCUCGGGGAAGGCCUGGCCAGGCGGCUCUCGGAGUCCAACGCCAACCAGAGCAGCAACAACGUGGCCCAGGCCCAGCCGCCCGCCCUGCAGCUCCAUGGCGGGCAAGUCCUGGCGGGCAGCGGCCCGGGGAGGCAGCCGGAGUUGGUGUAGCUGCGGCGGUGGGGCAGGCCCGUCCCAUUCCUGGCUCCUGUCCUGUGGCGUGCCUGGGCCAGGUCACGGCUCCCUGGGCCACGACGUCCGGGCACCAUGAGGCCUCCUGCUUCCAGCCUGCAGCGCCAAGGGCAUGGCUGGCCCCCUUUUCCGGAAGCUUCCAGGAGUAUGGUGUGAGAUUUUGGUCCACCCUGCGCUCCAUUGCACCCUGCAGGCCCGGCUUGGCUGAGCUGGGGGACAAUGCUCUCAGGAGUAGCCGUGGGGCUGUGAGGACAGAGAAAGCCACUGAGCGACCCCUGCCUUGCCCUGGAGGCCGGCUGCCCCCCGGACCGCAGGCUCUGCCCUGACUUGCGUCGAGGGCCGGGAAGGCCACCCUGGUGGCCGGACAGCGGGGGCCCGGCGGCGGCCCAGCGGUGGCCUCAGGAUGCCCUUGCUUUUCAGAAAACUGGGUUUUGCCACCAGGGUUAGGUACCCAGUGAGGUCUGUCUGGGUCAGGGCGUUCUUCUUUGAUACGCACAUUUAUUUUGCUUAAAAUAAAGUCUUUACUCUGA